AUGACAGACACGCCAGUGGAGGAGUCCCUCUUUCAGAUCAUCCACUGCUACCACCAGUACGCGGCUCGGGAGGGGGACGUGGAGACCCUAUCUCUAGAGGAGUUGAAGGCCCUGCUCAUGGACAAUGUGCCCCGCUUCAUGGAGACCUUGGGCCGGAAGCAGCCGUACUACAUUGCAGAGCUGUUCCGGGCUGCAGACAAGAACAAGGACAACCAGAUCUGCUUUGAGGAGUUCCUCUACAUCCUGGGCAAGCUGGUGAAGGACUACCACCUGCAGUACCACCGACAGCUGUGUGCCUACCACUGCGCCCAGCACAACCUCUAUUAG